AUGGGUGAAGCAUCAUCACCAAUCACCAGCACUGGUGGAGUCAGUGGACUGCUCCGUUUCUCCGUUCAUGUGGUUCGAGGCCGGUGGUUCUCUCUUUUUGCCUCUUUCCUUAUCAUGGCUGGAGCUGGGGCAACAUAUCUUUUUGGAGUUUACUCCAAGGAGAUAAAGGCUUCUCUUGGAUAUGAUCAAACCACUCUCAAUCUCUUAGGCUUCUUCAAGGAUCUUGGUGCAAAUGUUGGAGUCUUCUCAGGCCUAAUUGCUGAAGUAACUCCAACAUGGUUUGUUCUAUUAAUUGGCUCAGCCAUGAAUUUUGCUGGCUACUUUAUGAUAUGGCUUGCUGUAACUGGCAAACUUGCCAAGCCUAAAGUUUGGCAGAUGUGCAUUUAUAUAUGCCUUGGAGCCAAUUCUCAGAAUUUUGCCAAUACAGGUGCUCUUGUUACUUCAGUUAGAAAUUUCCCCGAAAGCCGGGGAGUUAUGUUAGGUCUACUGAAGGGUUUUACUGGAUUAAGUGGUGCCAUUUUGACACAAAUCUAUUUGGCUGUCUAUGGAAAUGAUUCUAAGGCUCUUAUUCUUCUUAUAGCCUGGCUUCCCGCUGCAUUAUCUGUUGUUUUUGUCUAUACAAUUCGCGCAAUGAAGGUUGUUAAGCAACCAAAUGAGCUGAAAAUCUUUUAUCAGUUCCUGUACAUAUCAAUUGUCCUAGCUUUGUUUAUCAUGGUUAUGACCAUACUUCAGAAACUGGUGACUUUCUCACAGGCAGCAUAUGCUGGAAGUGCUACUGUAGUUUGUGUCUUACUCUUUGUCCCUCUAUUUAUUGCCAUUAGAGAAGAAUCACUUUCUUGGAACCAAAAGAAAUUCCUCAACAAUCCUCCGAAAAUAACCAUAGAAAAUCCACCAGAUUCCACACCUCAACCUGCAACUGCAAAGCUAGAAGAUAGAUCAGAAACGUCGUCAUGUUUCAAGAACGUUUUCAAUAAACCAGAACGAGGAGAAGAUUACACUAUUUUACAAGCACUUCUUAGCACAGAUAUGCUCAUCCUAUUUUUAGCAACAUUUUGUGGACUGGGAUCAAGCUUAACUGCUGUGGACAACUUGGGACAGAUUGGAGAGUCAUUAGGAUAUCCAACAAAAACCGUAAAAUCAUUUGUGUCACUUCUUAGUAUAUGGAAUUACUUUGGGAGAAUUUUCUCAGGAUUUGUCUCUGAAAGUCUUCUCGCCAAGUACAAAUUCCCGCGGCCCCUUAUGAUGACACUAGUCCUUUUCUUGUCGUGCAUCGGCCUUCUCGUCAUUGCAUUUCCAUUCCCUGGUUCAGUCUAUGUUUCAUCUGUAAUUAUCGGAUUCUCAUUUGGUGCACAAUUGCCUUUGAUCUUUGCUAUUAUUUCUGAGCUUUUUGGCCUGAAAUACUACUCUACAUUGUUUAAUUGUGGACAAUUGGCUAGUCCACUUGGAUCCUACAUACUGAAUGUCAAAGUUACAGGACCCCUUUAUGACAGAGAGGCACUAAAGGACUUGGCCAAGAAGGGCAUGACAAGAUCAUCAGUCAAGGAAUUGACUUGCAUUGGCACUCAAUGUUAUCGGUUGGCCUUCAUUAUUUUGGCAAGUAUCACUUUCUUUGGAGCUCUUACUUCUCUGAUAUUGGUGGCCAGAACCCGAGAAUUCUACAAAGGAGAUAUCUACAAGAAGUUUAGGGAUGAAGCUGAUGCAACAGAGGCCGAAAUGGCUUUAUCAUCCGCAAAUAGGGUGCAUUGA